AUGGAUCCUUUACAAUCAGAACAACCCACACAACAUUCACAAACUGUCAUCGAAUGUCAACCAUCAAUUUUAAUAAAUAAUAAUGAUAUAGUUACAAAAACUGAAAAUAAUAAUGAUGAUCAAGCAGAAAUGCGUCGUCGUGCGCCAACAAGACAUUCAAUCAAAUCAUUAUCCGGUCGAAAAACAUUAUCAAAACAAGCUUCAGUAAAUGAGAGCAAACGAAAAUCAAAUAAAAGUCCUACAACACCAAUAAAUACAUCGAAUGAAACAAAAUUUCAUUAUGUACCCAGUGUUUCACAAAUUGCUCCUCUUCCACAAAAUAAAUCUCAUGGUAUAUUACCAGUUUUAAGUCUGGAUGGACGUGAUGCACCAAAUCCAAUGCAAUCAGACACAUCAGAAAAUGAUUUAACAUUAAAUACAACAACUACAAAUAAUCAAAGUAGUAGUCGACAACCGCAUCGUAUUUGUCUCGAUCCAACAACACGACGACAAUAUUCAUAUUCACAAAGUUCGGUCUUAUCUGAAGGCACGAAACCUGUACCUGGCAUCUAUUCGACUUCAUUAGUUAAUGUCGAUCAUAAAAAAGUAAUAACAAUGUAUCAUCCAUUAAAACGACAAAUAAAUCCGAAUGAAUUAACUGUUGAUUUUCAAACAUCAUAUAAUUAUCGUUCUCGUGCUAAUUCAAAUAUUAUUGAGAGACGUUUUUCAAAUGUUGAACAACCAACACAAAUCUCUAAACGUGUGUGUAAUAGACAACAACGUUCACAAAAUUCAAAUCCUGCAGCAGUAUCAGCAUAUCGUCGAACACUUCCAUCUGAAAAUAGUAAUGAUACUACUGCUCAGAAUCCUAAUGAUACAAAUGAAGCAAUUGAUAUUGUCGAACCAAUUAUUGUAAACAAUACUCCUGGUUAUGCAUCGGAUCAAGCACAAUAUCGAUCUUGCCGACGUUCAUCAGUUCAAUUUCUUGAUAAAAAGCUUAUUCAAUCAUUUGCAAGCCCAGUAACAUCAACAGUAACAGCAGAUGAUGAUUCUAAUGCUGCGGCGAGUGUCUCAGAAGCUGAGUGUGAGUUCGAGUUAGCUUAUUUUCUCUCCAUUCAGUUCUUUUUCUCAUAA